AUGUCUCACAAUCACACGGAUCCAGUCGUGGACACCAAUCACAAGUGCCAACACAUGUCCAACCCAUUAGCACCGGGCUCUCACCCGUCGGUUCCCAUCAACUACUUGGACAUUGAGUUGAACACCGACUUCACCACAACCUCCAGUUGCCGACACCUGUCUUACAUCACAUACACCGCCAAAGUGCAGAACCAAUGGGUGGUUGCCAUGAGAUAUCUGGAGGAAGAGAACCGGGCGGUCAACGCAUUGAUUCAGUUCUUUGCCACACAUUCCAGCAAUUAUGACACCAAUGAGUUCAGGGAUAAUGCGGUCAAACAUAUGGCCGACAAUGGAUUCAAUGAUUGCGAUUACAAGAAGUGUUUGAAAUACUUCUCAAAUGCUUUGAAUUUGUAUAAAAUGACUCUGGCGAAGUGUCCGAACGGAUCAAUGGCUCAGACAGUGAACCCACUGUUUGACACAAUGGAUGCAUUUGUUCCCAUGUUUUCAAUGAACAUGAAAUACUUGACAGAAUUGACUUCUUUGAGGGAACGCUUCGCACAGAAAUGCCAUCGAAUUGACUCAUCACUGACUCCACGAGAAGAGAAGAUAAUGACCACUAAAUUGAAGGCCAACAUCAUCACUGAAUCAGAUAAUAAUAAUAGUAGUGGUGGUGAUAUUAUAACUCAUCAUUUAAAUGAUAUGAUGUCAGCACCGGGUGAUAGUGAAUACAAUCCCAUUGACUACUUAAGACUACCCGUGAACCCAGACUUCUGUUCAAACCUCAGUUCCCCGCGUAUGUCGUAUAAGACAAUACUUGUCAAAACGGGUGACCUAUGGCUUAGAGGCGUCGCCAUCGCAGAUACACACCAAAUGGCUGUCAAUAAAUUGUUGUCUCUGUUGGACAGACACCGAGUGAAUGAUGGGCUCAUGAAUGAGGGGAACUGGACUUUAGUAUCCACACAAAUGCGACGAUACAAGAGAUGUGUUGAUUAUAAGUCACAAGUUUGUCGACGACUUCUCAAUAAUGCUUUGGAUUUGUAUAAAAAGUAUUUUUAG